AGUAAACAAGGGGAGCGCCACAACAGACACUGAGGGCCCUGCUGGGAAUCGGCCCCCGGCCCCCUCUCUCUUUCCACUGCGAAUCGAAACCCAGAGCCCUGGGCUGGGGGGCGGGCGGUGGGGAGGGGAAGUGGGGAAGGUGGAAGGGAAGGCCUGGGCCAGGGCCGCAGAUCAGCAUCCCAGCUCACUCAGUGGCCUUGUCUCCACUCUGCUCUCUGCCCCCGGCCCCAGGGGUGUGUCUCCCCACCACCCCCAUCUAGCCUGCUAUUUUUGCUCUCCAACUUCUGGUCUUUGGUCCUCCUGCUCUCUCUCCAGACAACCCCCUCCUGGUGAUCCUCUUUACAUUCUUUCUCUGCCUUUCCUCUCUCCUGUAGAACACUUUUUUUUUUUCCCCUCCCAGGACCCCUUUCUGACCUCCCUUGGAGAGCUGGGGAGGCCCAGGCCAUAGAGGAGAUGAGCCAGGCUCUGCUCCUAGGCCUAUUGCUUCUGAGACUGCUGUGGGAAGAUCCAGUCGUGGCUUCAGAGACUGGGAAAGAGGACUCCGUGGUGUGGGCCCAGGAGGGGGCUCCUGUCCAUCUUCCUUGCAGCCCCCAACUCCCCCACCAGAAUCCCAACCUUCUGCGAAGAGUAUGGGUCACUUGGCAGCAUCAACCAGAUGGUGGCCAACCCGCUCCCACCUCUGUCCUUGACCAUCUCAAGGGGAUGCCCUCGCCCGGGAGCCCGGCACCCCGUCGUUACACGGUGCUGAGCAUGGCUCCAGGAGGCCUGCGCAGCGGGAGGCUGCCCCUGCAUCCCCGCGUGCAGCUGGAGGAGCGCGGCCUCCAGCGCGGGGACUUCUCGCUGUGGUUGCGUCCAGCCCUGCGCGCCGACGCUGGCGAGUACCACGCCGCGGUGCGCUUCCCGGACCGCACCCUCUCGUGCCAUCUCCGCCUGCGCAUCGGCCAGGCCUCGAUGACUGCCAGUCCCUCGGGACCCCUCAGGCCGUCUGAUUGGGUCAUUUUGAACUGCUCCUUCAGUCGUCCUGACCGCCCAGUCUCUGUGCACUGGUUCCAGGGCCAGAGCCGAGUUCCUGUCCAGAAGUCUCCCCAUCAUUACUUAGCUGAAGGUUUCCUCUUUCUCCCCCAAGUCAGUCCCCUGGACUCCGGAACCUGGGGCUGCGUCCUCACCUACAGAGAUGGCUUCAAUGUCUCCAUGACAUACAACCUCAAGGUUCUGGGUCUUGAGCCCCUGGCUCCUUUGACAGUGUAUGCUGCUGCAGGUUCUAGGGUUGAGCUGCCUUGUCACUUGCCCCCGGGUGUGGGGACCUCUUCUUCACUCAUUGCCAAGUGGACUCCUCCUGGGGGAGGCCCCAAGCACCUGGUGACCGGAAAGAAUGGCAGUUUUACCCUUCAACUUGAGGCUGUGAGUCUGGCGCAGGCUGGAACCUACACCUGUAGCAUCCAUCUGCAGGGGCAGCAGCUCAGUGCCAUUGUCACUUUGGCAGUCAUCACAGUGACUCAUCAAUCCUUGAGGUUACCUGGCUCCCGGGGGACGCUGACGUGUGAGGUAACCCCAGCAUCUGGACAAGAAAGAUUUGUGUGGCGCCCCUUGAACAAUCCAUCCAGGAGUUCUCCAGGCCCCAGGUUGGAGAUGCAGGAGGCCAGGUUCCUUUCCGAGUCUUGGCAAUGCCAGCUGUAUCAGGGGCAGAAGCUUCUUGGAGUAGCAGUGCACAUUGCAGAGUCUGGCCCAGGUGCCCGGAGUGCAAGGAGAAUCUCAGGUGACCUUAAAGGAGGCCAUCUCUUUCUCCUUCUCAUCCUUGGUACCUUCUCACUGUUCCUUUUGGUGACUGGGAUCUUUGGAUUUCACCUAUGGAGAAGACAGUGGCUAUGGAGAAGGUUUUCCGCCUUAGAGAAUAGGAUCCACCCACCUCCGGCUCCCAGUAAGACAGAGGAGCUGGAGCGAGAACUGGAGACAGAGAUGGAACAGGAGCCCGAGCCCGAGCCGGAGCCGGAACGGGAGCAGGAGCCACAGCUGGAGCCAGAGCCCAGGCAGCUCUGACCCAGAGCCCAGGCAGCCAGCAGAGCUCAGCAGCUCGGUUCGGAAUAAACCCCCUGUCAGCAGCAA